CGCAGCGAAGAGACAGACCGCUCGUUCACUUGGAAAAGACAGUCGGGCACAACACAAACGUAGAAAAGCUAGAUAUUAAUGCUUGGAAGUUUAGUGACUCGACCAUCACAUUGGAAUCCUGCCAUUCUACAUUCUACGCGAGGAAAAGGAGAAGACAGGAGCUGUGACUUUGGAUGGCCAUAAUGACAGACCGUUGUUUAACCCCUCGUUGUUGGAUGGCUGUCACUGUGUAGCGUUGGAGGCUGCUGGGUGGCUGUGUGUGGUGGGGAGUUCCUGAGAUCGCAGAGAAGAGAGAGGGGGACUAGCACUUACUCACGUAGAGGCACACACUCGCGCACACACACCUUCUCAGUGUAGCGCUGGGUGCAGCCGUGGUGCCAGCUAGCGUCUCAGGGAUUGUGCGUGCGGUUGUACAGUACCACAGGAUGAUGGUGGUGUGGUUGCCGUGGGGAUGGGCAUGGAGGACUGUACUGCUGGUGACUGGACUGGCUUCACUGAGCCCGGGGACUAAUGCCAACGUGUUGGACACCAUGUUACUGAGGAGCCCUGGGAGAGACCGGUCAGACAGUAGGUGGGAGAACGGUGGGAGUACAGCCCCGGUUCCAACACAGAGGAUCCUCUGGUGCCACUGUUACCACCACUGUCCUGAAGACUCGACCAACAAUACCUGCAGGACUGAUGGUUAUUGUUUCACCAUGGUGGAAGAUGAAGAGGGAAGUCUCCCUGUGCUGACCUCUGGGUGUCUGGGGCUGGUGGGUUCGGAGUUUCAGUGCAGGGACACAGGGAAUGCCCGUCAGAGGAGGGCUCUGGAGUGCUGUACAGACCAGGACUUCUGCAAUAAAGACCUGUAUCCUACUUUACCACCACCGAGGGCUCCUGAUUACGUGGACAGCAGUAUCCACCACAUGGCUCUCUUCAUCUCUGUCACAGUCUGCAGCAUCAUCCUGGCGCUCAUCAUCGUCUUCUGUUACUUCAGGUAUAAGCGUCAGGAGUCCCGGCCUCACUACAGUAUUGGUCUGGAGCAGGAUGAGACUUACAUUCCCCCUGGAGAGUCUCUGAAGGACCUAAUAGAACAGUCCCAGAGCUCUGGAUCAGGAUCAGGACUCCCCCUGCUGGUGCAGCGCACCAUAGCCAAGCAGAUUCAGAUGGUGAAGCAGAUAGGUAAGGGCCGCUACGGGGAGGUGUGGAUGGGUCGCUGGAGAGGAGAGAGAGUAGCUGUCAAAGUGUUCUUCACCACCGAGGAGGCCAGCUGGUUCAGAGAGACAGAGAUCUACCAAACUGUCCUCAUGAGACACGAGAACAUACUGGGCUUCAUAGCAGCGGACAUCAAGGGAACAGGCUCGUGGACCCAGCUCUACCUGAUCACAGACUACCAUGAGAGUGGCUCUCUGUACGACUACCUCAAGUCCACCACGCUAGACAUCAAGGCCAUGCUGCGGCUGGCCUACUCCUCAGUCUCAGGCCUCUGUCACCUCCACACAGAGAUCUUUGGCACCCAGGGCAAGCCGGCCAUCGCCCACAGAGACCUGAAGAGCAAGAACAUCCUGGUAAAGAAGAAUGGGGCCUGCUGCAUCGCAGACCUGGGUCUUGCCGUCAAAUUCAUCAGUGACACUAACGAGGUGGACAUCCCACCCAACACCAGGGUGGGCACAAAGCGCUAUAUGCCCCCAGAGGUGCUGGACGAGAGUCUGAACAGGAAACACUUUCAGUCCUACAUCAUGGCCGACAUGUACAGCUUCGGCCUCAUCCUCUGGGAGAUCGCCCGGCGCUGUGUCUCUGGAGGCAUCGUAGAGGAGUACCAGCUGCCCUACCAUGACCUGGUGUCCUCUGACCCCUCCUAUGAAGACAUGAGGGAGGUGGUGUGCACCAAGAGACAGAGACCCUCCUUCGCCAACCGCUGGAGCAGUGAUGAGUGUCUCAGACAGAUGGGGAAGCUGAUGACGGAGUGCUGGGCCCACAACCCUGCGUCUCGCCUCACUGCUCUGAGAGUGAAGAAGACCCUGGCCAAGAUGUCGGAGUCUCAGGACAUCAAACUGUGACACGCUGCUGCUCCUCCUGCCGCCACCUAGAGGCACUCAUCCCCUAGAGACAUGUCCUUGGCCUAGGGCCACUCUGCCAGGCCCACGGGAGGAGGGCAAGGCAGGAGAUAGAGAGAUUGAAAGUGAGAGAAAUGAGAAUGAGAGAGAGAGAGGGAAAGAGUGAGUGAGAGGGAAAGAGUGGGUUUUCCCAGGUUCAGGGUCUGCUCUCUUCUUGCCCGUGCCACUGCCAAGACAGAGAGAGUCCCAGUGGGCAGUUUCUGUUCUGGGCCAGUCUGGUCUGAGCCGGUCUGGUCUGGCAUUGCUUUCUGUGAAAGCGGAGUGGCUGUGUGAGUGAGGGGAAAACACAAGGACAGACAGUACCCUCUGCAGGAGAGGAGUAGUCACUCCGUCCCUCAUGGCCAAGAGAGGGACGAGAAAGAGGAGUUCCUGCUCUGUCCAUCUAAAGCCAUAUAACAGUAUUGUUUUGUUUCCGCGGUAACAUUUUAUUACAACGAGCCACAGUAACCCCUUCAAGACCCUUCAGAACAAUGUCAGAAUGUUCAUGAAGCUUAAUGCCAUGUUUACGACAUUGUUGUCUAGGGUUAUGAUUUCUAGUUCAAAUAAAGACUGUUUUUUCCCCCCGUUGUGCUUCAGCAACUGGCCCUAUUUGUUUAUCUUCAAACCCAGGUAUUUGGUUCUAUUCAUACAGGGAAACACAUUGCUUCAAUAUUGGCCAUUUGGCCAUCCAAAGGAGUCAUUCUUAAUCCCCCGAAAUGUCUCUUAAUCUCAAGGACUAACGAUAGGAGAAAAGGGUCAUCGUUAUGUUAUGAUUCUGAUGAAGCUGAUGGUUAAUUAAAAAGCAUGGGAGUGAUGUUACUGGGCAAUUCCAUGGUAACAGAGUGAUGCUGAGAAUCAGAUGUUCUACUUUCAAAUGCAUGUCAAACAAAAGCCAAUGAUUGCAAAGUUAAACAAACCAUGCAACAGAAGGAGACAUUUGAUCAACUUCCACUUAAAAUGUAACAAAAACACAUUAACUUGAAGAACAGUGCAGAUGCUACAUUUGGUAACAGACUGUGACUGUGUGUUACUUGUUUGACAUACAUUUUAACGUGAAAACUCUUGAGUUACUUAAUGUGGAAUUGCCCUAAUCAGGCUACCCGAGUCAUGCCAAUAAGAUGGACUCACUCAUGGUCGUCUUGCUACUAUAAUAUUCUCGUUUUUCUCCCUCUCACAGAAUUGAAUUGUAAAUAACAAUGUUUAAAUGUAUUGAUAAUGAUGGACUUAAUAAUAAUGUUAAAUAUGUUUUGGUUGUUUGCCUUUGACUUGUGUACAGAAUAACUCGCUGAGUGUCCACUAUGGCAUGUGCCUUAUUUAAUCUGUAUAUAUGUGUAUAAGAGAGUGUGUGUGGACCAGGAGAACAUUCCCUAAUAAAAUGUUGUCAGUCUCCA